UAUGAGAGAGAAUUUCAACUUCUGGAUUGCUGGUACAGGUUGGAUGAAAACUACAUCCCUGCGGUUUACAGACUUCAACCUAUUUGCACAGUGUACCAAGAUAUCCUCAGCAAUGAUCCUACUCGCAGGCAACAAGCGAAGAACAAAUGGAUGGCAUCUUUCAGAAACUGCAUAAGAUAUUUCAAGAAUAUGCUGCAGUUGCUCUUGGACAAGAAGCUGCCACCACACUGCUCAGAACAGUUUUGCAACAAGAAGUGGAUCAAGGAUUCCAAGUCCAGGGAAAGCGUGAGGAUCACUGUCACUCCUUCAAAAGAGACAUCACAGAUCUGCAGUCCAGUCUGUCAAGUCCCCAUGCACCAAAAUAUAUUGACGUUCACCCACUAAGACCAGUGAUCAACAAAACAACGUAUGAAGCACAUCAGAACUUUGUGAAAAGCAUUCACUCUAGGCUUCGUCACACAAAUAUCUACAGAAAGAGCAUUAACUGGGGAAGAGAUGGCAUCAACCCCACCACCAACAGAUCCCAUGCUUACUACCUUGAAUGCCUUUGCAAUGACUUUCAGAAAAUUGUCAUCAAUCAUUUCAACAGAACAAUCCAUUUGAAGGAGAUUCAAGAAAUGCUACCUGUGCGAAGAAAGCAAGUAUUUGAAACUCAUAAUGACGACGAGGUUCUGGAACAUAUCUGGCACUGUCAGGCCUUGGUUAAAUGUCAAAUAGGAAGAGAAAUGUUUUUGUGCAAACUGAAGAAUCGUCUUGCAUCCUCGAACAGAAGGCUAGUUGUAAUUUGUGGAGAGGCUGGAUGCGGGAAAACUGCCGUCAUAGCAAAAGCCGCUUCUUUGGCUCCUAGCUGGAUAUCUGGGAACCUCAGAGUUGUAAUUCGAUUUAUUGGUGUUACUGGUGAAAGCAGAAAUAUCCGACUGACUCUUUUCAGUCUUUGCUACCAGAUAGCUUCUAUAUACAAGGUCUCGGUUAAUUUAUCCAAGGAUUUUGAAGGAUUGGUGGAAGAGUUUCUCUCUUUACUGGAGUCUGCCACACAAGACAAACCACUUCUAAUAUGUCUGGAUGGCAUAGAUGAAUUAUCAGAGGAAUAUGUCACAGAUUUUCCUUGGAUACCUCCUGAAUUACCAAAGAAUGUGUAUUUUAUUGUUUCCACGUGCACCGAAUCAAGUUUUUCAUGCUUCAAAAAACUGGAGAAAAUAACAGCAAAAGAGAAUAUUUUACAAAUACCUCCUUUGACUUUUGGAGAAAUAAAUGAGAUGAUCGGCUCCUGGUUAGAAAAGGAUUCCCGAAGACUUUCCCAGCAACAGCAUGAUCGCCUAAUGGAAGCAUGCACAGCCUGCCCAGUACCACUCUUUGUAUACUGUGCCUAUAAAGAGUCCUGUUUAUGGACAUCUUUCACCGCAGAGGUGUGUCUUCCUCAAAAUAUACCUGAACUGUAUUCAUGGACACUGAGCAGAAUGGAAAAAUCCCACGGAGAGCAAGUUGUAAAAAAGAUGGCAGCUUAUACCACACUUUCAAGAAAUGGCAUUACUCAGGAAGAGCUACUCCACCUUAUGUCAACGGAUGAUGUGGUUAUUAAGGAAGUAGCUAAAUUCCAAAAAGUCUCAAUUUCAGCAUUCCCGCUAGUGUUGUGGUUGAAACUUUUGGAUGAUUUUGGAGACCACCUGAAAGAGCAAAGAACUGACCACACUUAUGUUUUUAAUUGGGCUCAUACAUCUCUGAAACAUGUCUGCAUGGACAGAUAUCUCAGAACACAGGAUUCCCAGGCAUCGCUGCAUGCCACCUUUGCAGAUUAUUACCUGAGUAGAAUUCCACAUAAACUCAUUGAAAUGUCUGCAUUUCAACCUUUGGCCUGGACUUUAGAAAAAGAGUCCAAGAUCAGCUACACCUUUAACAUUCGUAAGCUCCUUGGGGCUCCGUAUCACCUCAUCAAAUCUAAGAAUAUUACUGCCUUAAUCAAAGAAUGUCUCUUUAAUUAUGAGUUUCUCUUAUACAAAGCCUGGGCUUCAUCAGUUAUCAGCAUUGAAGCGGAUCUAAGAGCAGCUAUCGAUGCAGACAGGACUAUACGUGACUUAACUUUAUUAAGUGAAGCGCUCAAGUUAUCCAAGAAAGUUUUACUACAAGACCCAUGUCAGAUGGCUUCACAGCUUGUAGGCCGCCUUCAUCGUAUAGUUGCAGCAGAUAAACCAGUGGCCCCAGGUGAUCCUAAAAAAUAUCCCUAUCUGCCAGCUCUUUUGUCCCAGUGUCAGAAAUCUUCUAUUCCUGUUCUUCUACCUUCAACAGCCUGCCUUAUAGAACCUGGUAGACUUCUCUGCGACCUUUUGAGAGGUCACUUGGACAGAAUUGUAGCAAUUGGAGAAACCCAGGAAGAACUCACUGUUGCAACAGUCUCCAGUGAUGGCACUCUGAAAUUCUGGGAUUUGAGGGUCGGCAGAGCUGUCUUCACUCUGCAUGGAGUUGGGAAUAAUAUCAGUGCAAUUGCAGUGUGUCUGGAGAACAGACUGGUGGCUGUGUCUGACAAAAGCACCAUUAAAAUCUGGGAUCUUUCCUUGGAAAAAGUGGUAUAUGCAACUGGCGAAUUUGUUGGUACUCCAAUACUAACAUCUGCAAUGAAUGGGCACCUCUUACUGGUGUUUUUUAAUGGCAGCCACAUGGUUAAGGUUUUUGAUCUUGCUCAUUCCUGUCAGUUGCUCCAUGAGGUAUACCUUUCUACAGAGGAAGAGCCUACCUGCAAGACCAAUUCCAUUUUGGUGUCCAAAAAUUCAGUAAAAGAUUAUGUUCUCUGUGCCUUUAGGAGUGGAAGUGAAGCCAUGGUCUUUAGUGGCAAAAAGGGGAAAGUAGUUGCUAAGCUGAAAAGCCAAGAACCAGUGGCAGCUGCUGAGGAUGUUGCUGUAACUAAGGAAUAUUUCCUAGUGAUCUUCAGGUGUCCCUUCAUGAAACAGCGUGAGAUUGUGCAUAUAGAGCUCUACAAUGUCCACACUUUUGCCUAUGCUCACAAUCUGAAGGGAUGCUGCAAUGAUUAUAUUCACAUUUUUGCUGUGAAUCAUUUGGGCUCUCACCUGCUGGCGUUCAGCCCCAUCCCAAACACCAAUACCACUGAAAUAGUGUCGUGGAACCUGGAAUCUGAAGACCACAAGCACUUGGUGAAGUUUCCUUCAGUCCCAGCUGGUGGUGUAUGCUCUGACCUUCGGUACUGUUUAACAUUCUGUGAUGGAGACAAUUAUCUUCAAUCUUGGAAUUUGGCUUCCAAGAUCAAUGACCAGUCAUUGACAGUCACUGCAAGUAAAGCCAAGAAAGCAAAUGGUAUUCGUGAUAUUCUAACAAUGGAGAACUAUCCUAGGUAUGCCAUGUGCAGAAACACAAGUCCAGGGGUCAUAACAGUGUGGAACAUCAUGAAAUCAAAGUGUAAACACAAUGCUGUGAGAGUGGAGAGGGGAUUGCUAGAGAAUACGGAUAUAGUUCUGGUCAGAGACAUGAAACUUUAUGUCCUUACAGACAAAGGGAUGGCCUCUUUUGCAGAUCCUCCGAGACCCAUUUUCCAGACUCUUUUAGUUUAUGACCUCCUGAAAAAGAAGUACAUAAGGAAGCAGACUGGCCUUUACAUCAUUCCCUGCCCAAAUAACGAGUAUAAGAUCCUUGAAGGAGGCCUUCUACUUGGACUUUCAGAGAACAGAGACCAUUUUAUUACCUGGAACUUGGAAACUGGAUUUAUUAAGGAUCGAUUAAGGCCAGAAUACAAGGACAAAUUUUCAUCGCAAGCUGCAAAGCCUAACCGUUCCUUGUCCAGGGAAAACAUGAAACGAUGCAAAGGAGUCUUGCCUAACAGAACAACAGUGUUACAGCUUCCAUGGGAAAGGCGAAAUGAAACAAUGACUGGAAAGAGACGGAGGAAGGAAAAGGCAGUGAAAAUGGAGAGGGAAAUGCUGCAGCAACUUGCUAAUGAAAAGAGCAAUGCCAUUGACCAGUUCUUCCUGAGUGGAGACGAGAAGGUUGCUGUGUGUUCCUACUAUGCGCAUCACCUGUCAGUGUUCAGCCUGGAAAGCAUGUCCCAUCUCCACACCCUUGAGAGCAGAGAAUCCAUGCUUUUCUUACACAAUGCCGCCUUGACCUAUAACGGCCAUUAUCUGGUGCUCUCCAAUUACAGCGAGAAGGAGAAAGUCAGCUAUGUAACACUAUGGAAUUUAGCCACGGGGAAGGUUAGGAAAAGACUGAAAAAUGAGCCAAAUGUCUGCUGUACAGCCAUUGCUGCUGAUGCUAGUAGGAUAAUUUUUGGAGUGAUGGUGGAAAACAGGAUAAAGAUCUGGGAUCCGUUUAAACAUAAGCACAAGCUAAUUCAAGGUUACGAAGGUCUUCAUCUAACUGUGUGCAGCAAACUACACAUAUUAGAUGGAGCAAAGGCUGUUCUGCUUGCAGGUGAAGUCAGUAUCUGGGAUUUGGAAAGCGGCACAGUUAUAUCAGUCUUUACACCAGACAGCAAAAUCUCCUGCAUGACAGUUGCGUUUGAUAGAAACACAGUUCUUUUGGGUUUGAGUGACAACCCUGCUCUCAUUACUUUGAAAAUGCUGAGCACCAACACAUCUGCAAGUUCAACAGGAAAAGAUUUGUUUGGAGAGGAAUCCUCAAGCAGUGAAGAAGAACCUGAAGUUAUUUAAAAUCCAAAAUUUUAACCAAGGACACUCAAAGGGAAGAAUACUACUUGUCUCACUCAAGCAUAGAAGCCAAGCAAGUCAGAAGGAAUCUCAGCAUUCAUACCUAUUAUGAUGGUUUUCAUCAGAGCUCCAUUACUUUUAUAGCUUUAUUUCAAUACCAUUUGUCAGCUACAAAUAAAAGAAUAUUACAAAACCUAGGAGCUAAAGAGCUAUGUGGGGUGUUCCAGACAUGUACUGGGGACUUUCAUUCUCACUCCACCCUAUGUCAAGGUACCCCUGGAGUGACAUUUUGUGAGGCAAAUGGAGAAUGCAGUGUGAAAGGGAAAACG